AUGAGAAACUUAAAGGAGCUUGGAGGAGAGCUUCAAAUAAAACGACUGAGCCGUUUGGAAGAUGCAGGGGAGGCUGAAAAGGCAGAAUUGAAGAAUAAGAAACAUCUCCUUCAUUUGACAUUAGAAUUCGGACCAAAGAAGAGACAAAUAGUGGGGAUGAAGGAAGUGGCUGAAGCCUUACAACCUCAUCCAAAUUUAAAAUCCCUCGGCAUAGCAUGGUAUCAAGUCAGCGAAUGGCCUAGGUGGGUGAUGGAGUCAUCAUUACCCCAACUAAAACACAUUUACCUUUCAUGUUGCACAGAAUGUCAGUGCUUGCCUCCUCUGGGGGAACUCCCACUUCUCGAGAGCCUGAAUAUAUACUCCUUGUGGCGAGUGAAAUACGUGGGUGGUGAGUUCUUGGGAUCAUCAUCAGAAAUUGCAUUUCCAAGGUUGAAGCAUCUGGUUUUUCGAGGCAUGUCUGAGUGGGAAAAUUGGGAAGUAAAAGAAGAGAGGAGGAAAGUAAUGCCAUGUCUUCUUUCCUUGGAAAUAAUUUCAAGUCCAAAGCUUGAGACAUUACCGGACCUCCUGCUCCAGAGGACACCACCGUUGGAUUUGAGCUCCAGGAGUUGUGAUGAAGAGAAGUGGCCCUGA